GUAUAAACAGUUUUACACGCCCGUCGCAAGUAGUGCCGUAGCCGCCGCCGCCGUCGCCGCUGCCAGCAGCCCACCACCGUCUUGUUGUGAGAUUGUAGCACGCUGCUUCCAAGCCGCGUGCUGCGGCUUACCAUCAGGCCACGGUGCUGCCGCGCAUGCCUGCCGUCUCUUCCCCUGAAGUGAAGAACGUGAACGUACGAGGGAGGAGGUGAAUAUAGAAGGAAGAAGAACCACCCCCUCCGGCCGUUUUGCUGUUCUAAUUGAUCUAUCUAGGAUAACAGUCAAAGACCUCUUUCUUUGAAAGACAUGUCGUCACCUCCGUCGUCUGUUGAUGCUGCAAGGGGACCCGAGACCGUUCAGGUCGCUGCUCCUGCUCCCAUGGAUAGCGCUGAUCCAUGCCACAGCCACUCUAAGGACUUCUUGGAUUGUCUCAACAGCCACGAGAUCAAGCUUGGAAAGUGCAUGCACCAUCUUGCUUUGCUACAUCAGUGCCGCCGGAGAGCUGAUGAUGCAAUGGAACACUCGAAGGUUCAGACGGAGGGGACUACUGUCUCUGCUGCUCUAAUGGGAAAUAAUGCUGGUUCAUGCUACAUCCCUUAUCUAGAAUUGAAGAUUUGCCUCAACAAUGACGAGGUCAAACUCGGGAAGUGUGAGCUCUAUCUUCACUCGUUGUUUGUGUGCCACACGAGAGCUCGUGAGCUUUGCAGUUGAUUCACCGGCUCUUGUUGGACCCAUGGUCAAGCUUGGGUACUAUAUGUUCGCUUCUCUAAAAAGUUAUAGUUGAAAGUAUUGUUCGUUGCACUACUGACUGGUAGAAAAAGUACGGAGCAAAUGGAUUUUGUAUAUGCAGCUAAGUCCACCCAGUGUUAGGGUGAGCCAAUAGGAUGACAAGCGGGCUCAUUGGCCACGUUGUCUGGUUUCACAAGCUUUAGUAAUCACCCAAGGAUUUUUUUUAGUCCGGUUUCACAAACUCAGCAUAAUGCCUAGUUUCAU